AUGGAAGAUGAGGAAAAAGUAGUCCGCAAGGUCGGAGGAGGAGAAGAAGACUCUCGAGUUUUCCAGUGUCAGUUCUGUUCGAGAAAGUUUUACAGCUCUCAAGCUUUGGGAGGACACCAGAAUGCCCACAAAAAAGAGAGAACGGCUGCGAGAAAGGCUAAAAGGGCAUUUGAGUGUUCAUCUGCCUCUUUUGCUUCUUCUCUUCCGCCUCCAAUGCCUUUUGGUGCUCCCACCCAUCAAAUGGGUCUUCUGAAUCCUACCGUGUUCCUCGCUUCAAACCUCGGUCACUUCCAAACGCAUCAGAUUUUUGACCACUUUGGAGCGAACGUUGCGCCUAGAUUUGGCGGGAAUGCUGUGUUUUAUGAGGGAAGCUGUUCGAGCAGUGGGUUUUGUGAAGAUGUCGGCGAGAGAGGCUUGAGGAAUUGGCGCAGGAACAUGUCAUUGACAAACGACGAUCACGGGAUUGGCAUAAUGAGUCAUCGUAAAGAGAAAGAUCAAACUCUUGAUCUGACUCUUCAUCUAUAGAUUUCUUUUUCCUUUUGUUCUGGCAGGGAAGAGGUUGGGAUGAA